CUUUUUUCAUUUCUUUCUCUUAUUUAUUAAAUACACAUUAAAGAUGUCUGUCUAUAAUAAACAUGAUGACUUUUAUGAAAAGCCAAGAUCCCCUCCACCCGUGCCACAACAUAUAGAUACAUCACGAGAUUCUACAGACCAAUACACCAUGAAAGAGAUACCUGUAAACUCACCUUCACCUUAUCCGGUUUAUAACCAGCACAACGUCACAGCUGAUCCAAUCCUUGCUCACAAUCGAUACAGUGAUCCUCGUCUUCAUCAACCACCUGUUCCCCGAGAUUCUUUAUCAGAUAUGAAAUUCAUGGACCAUUAUGACUCUGAUGAUGACAUGGAAAAGAUUAUCCCAAGGGAAAGAAGACAGCGUUCAUGUAUAGAUAAGAUGUGUUGUGGCUGCUGCACCUGUUGUCCCAAAUGGGCGAGAUGGUGUACUUGUAUAAUAUUUAUCAUUAUUGUUAUACUUGCUAUUGUCGUCGGUGUAUUAGCUGCCUUGUUCAAAGUGCCCACCGUUCAAUUCACAGGACUUCAACAACCACCUACUCGAUCAUUUGAUAAUAAUGUCUUGAACAUGACAUUCAGCAUAGGAAUUACUGUGAAUAAUCCAAAUUUUGAAAGUAUUACAUUUGAAAAGAUUGUAGCUGAUGCAUACUAUCCUUCACCUUAUAGUGUGAAAGUAGGAGGAGGCCAAGUGGACAAUGUACAUAUCAAUUCGAAUGGAAUCACAAACAUCACCUUUCCCUUUAAUGUUGCAGUUAAUUCAACUAACCAAGCAGAACAAGGUGUAUUAAUGGAUUUGCUUACAAAGUGUGGACUGGAUGGAAGCGCAAAACAAAACAUAAACUUCAAUUAUUACAUUUACCCUACUGUUCGCAUCAUCGGCAUCCCUAUUACUCCAACGAUAUCAAAAUCAAUGAGCUUGCCUUGUCCAUUACAGAAUGGUGAUCUGACCACCAUCCUUGGCUCAUCGACUCAAUCGGUUCCAUCGACUACAUCUUAAAUAAAUGUAUGCGUAUAAACACAUAAAGUAACUCUGAUAUUUAUAUAAAUAUACAUUCUCUUUUUGUUUGUAAAUGGUUUAUUCAAAUAAAUUUAUGUCCUAUUACCAAAUG